UACCAGUUUCACCUGCCUUAUUGCCUGAAACAACACUAGUAGGCACCUGCUUCAUUGUAGGGUUUUCGCAUCGCAUCCCACGCUGAGCCUGAAUCUCGGCAGCCUAUAUGUCACCGGAAGUCGUUAAUCAAGGUCUUAUACAUUACGCGUUGUCAGUUAUUCUAGGGUGAAGGCGCAGAGACGCUGGGCUGCAUUUUUGUGCAGCCUAAUCCCUAGAUGCAGGACGAAACGGACAGCUAAAGUGCACAAGUUGAGAGUUAAGGGAUAAUGCGCUAUUUUAAGCGUUGUUUCCCGCUGAUAGUCGCUUGAUUUAUCUACAGCCUAUCCACGAAUUCAAAAAUCACUCAUCCGUUAAUCACCGCCUUCCGUGGCACCAUCUCGCUAGCUCUCUGCAGCCACAGCCGAUCAUGAAGGCGCUGGCAUGGGAGGAGGCUCCGACCGCCUAGCCGGCAACAAUGUCGGUGGAGUAGGUAAGGUAACGGCCAACGAGACGGCGACGCGUGACAGCGGCGGCAACCUCCUGAGCCCGCGGAAAAAACUCCCCGGCAGCGCGCAAUCCCCCAGAACCAUCCUGAGAGGGGGGGAAGGAAGCGGAGGAGGAGGGGGAUCCUCUAGGAGCCUCACUAGCAACGACUCCAGCAGCCACGCGUCGUCCAGUCAGCAUUCCCGCAUGAUGCGGGACGAGCGGCGGGACGAGCGGCGGGACGAGCGGCGGGACGAGCGGCGGGACGAGCGGCGGGACGAGCGGCGGGACGAGCGGCGGGACGAGCGGCGAGGACGGGGACGCGACGACGGGUGGGAGGAUGACACAGGCGGGGGAGCAGGGGGCGGAAUGGGGGGAGGCAGCGGUAGCAGGGCAGGGAACGGUACUUUAUCCCGAGACCGCUCGCGGGGCAGCAAUGGCAGCAGCGACGAAACGCCGCCGUGCCGGCCGGCGACGUCCGGCGGCCGCCGGCCGAAGCGGCCGGAGGACGGCAGUCUGAUCAGCCCGCGGAGCGGCAGCAGCCGCGUGCCGGAUUGGCUGCCGUCUUCGUUGUCGUCGUCAGGGGCGCCGCCGCAGCGGCCGGCAACUAGCGGCGGCCGGCGGAUGCCGUCCCGUCACGGCCCGUCACCCGACGACGAUGACGGCGUCAGCGGGACGAGCGGGGAGUGGCCGCCGCGGAGAUUAGUCGGCAGCGCGAGUACCAAAGGCGGCGGCGGAGGGGAUAUGGGGAUGAGCCCCCCGGGUUGCCAUCCUCGGGAUCUUAUUCCGCCGGGUAUCGCGGUCAGGGGUCGCCGCCGCGCCGCGCCUUUCACAAGUCGCAAUCGGCGAAGAUUAAUCUCUCCAAUUCCGGAGCGGCUGUCCGCGAAGCAGACCGAGACAGAGACAGGGACAGGGAAAGAGGGGGAUAUAGAGACCGAGAGCGUGAGUUACGAGACCGCGGGAGCAGUUUUAGGGAGCGGGAUAGGGUUAGGUACCUAGCGGAGGGCGACGCGGAAGGGGACCUACCCCUAAUGUCUCCGUCUAAGGAGCGCGCCGUGAGCCGCUGGGUCGAGGACUCAUUGUGCGAGUUAGAAGGCGGAGAGCUAGGCGAUACUAUAGACUCCCCAGGUAAGGACUCGUCUUCGUCCUCCAGUCGCCGCCGGGGGGGCUCUCGUCGCGAUGAGUACGGGGGCGAGGGGGAUUAUGAGGAGAGGUCAGGCGGGGGAAGGCGCGGAAGUGCGCGUGAUCGGGACGGGGGAGGGGGGUAUGAGGCGUCCCCACGUACGCCCCCCCCCCGGUCGGCGUCGCGCAGCGGGGGAAGGCACCCGGACGAGGCGACCACUUCGGGGAGGUCGCACCUGAGGACGGUGGGGGAGGCGCAGGACGGGGGGGGUUAUUCCGCCGGCCGCCCGCCCUCCCGCGGAGGGCCGGGGAGCCUUGACCCGUCGUUGAGCGGGCGCGCGCGGAGCUUCGGGCGGCGCAGCUUGGGAGAGGGCGGAGCGGAGUUGCGCCCGCGCACGCCGUCCGGAGCGGAGCUGCUUGCGCGGCCGGGGACGGCGGAGGGCAUGAGACGCCCGCGGACGGCGGACGUGAACGCCGCGCAUGCGCGGGCGGGCGUCCCGCGGAGCAUGUCGACCGCGGAAGCCGCGCUCGCGGGGCCGGGGGGAUCCUUGAAAGAGCGGGACCGGGGGGAGGGCGGAAGGCGCACAGUCCCCCGCUCCGCGUCAGAAGUGAUGCCUGAGGACUUGGGGGGAGGCGCAGGGGGAGGGGGCGGCGGGCGCAGGGGCCCGCUGCGGUCCCCUAGCGGAAGCCUGCGCUCUAAUUCAGUCUCUAGAGACUACGAGGAUGAUAGGGGCUGGAGCGGUGAUGGCGGGGGGUACGGGAACCAGGACAGGCCCUAUACCUCCCAUGGGUAUGGGCGCAGGAGGGAGGAAUCCGGGGGAGAGGAGAGAGGGGGGGGGAGGUACGACGGGGUGGGGGAAAAUAAUAUGAAGGAGGAGCAUAGGAGGUUGGCUAUGGAGUUAGAGCGAGAGAGGGAGGAGAGGAGGAAGUUACAGGAGGAGCUAAAGAGGAUGGAGAGAGAAGUUAAGGAGAAGGAUGAUAGGAAGAGGACGGAUAAGGAGAGGAGGGCGAUCGAGAAGGAAAGAUUAGUCGCUGACGUGGCGGCUUUAAAGCUGCCCGUGGACAGGGUUGCAGUGGAGGAGAAGAAAUCUGCCCGGAGAGGAAUCUUCUCGGUGUUUUCCAGCCGCCCGAAAACCCCAGAUGUGGACAAAGCGGCGGCAGCAGCGGCAGCGCAGGGGAACACUGUAGCAGUGGUGCCGCAACCCUCCCCAGGGGCUAGGCCAGUAACCCCAGAGGGGCUCCAGGCGAGACUCACCAGAAAGAACCGAGAGGUCAUCAGAGCCGCGAGGAAGGAAGCCGCAGCAGCGGGAGGGGGAGGGGGGGGAGGGGGAGUGGGAGGGGCAGGGGGGGGUGGGGGAGGGAGUGUGGAUAAAGGGGGGAGUGUGAAUAUAUUGAAGCGGCCGUUUGCGGAUGUGAAGGAGGCGUAUAAGCUGGAUAAGAACGAGCUGGGGCGAGGCAGGUUUGGGGUCAUCCGAGGGUGUCUGUGCCGCGUGUCGGGGGACCGAUUCGCGUGCAAGUCGAUAAGCAAGAGCAUGCUGCAGUGCCAGCAGGACAUAGAGGACGUGCGCAGGGAGGUGGCGGUGAUGGAGAUGCUGAGAGGCCAUCCCAGCGUUGUCAACCUCACAGCCGCGUUUGAGGAUGCGCAGGACGUGCAUCUGAUCAUGGAGCUCUGUGAGGGCGGCGAGCUGUUCGACCGCAUCAAGCUGAGGGGAAAGUUCCCAGAAGGCGACGCGGCGCGGGUGGUUCGCACGGUGGUCUCGGUGCUGCGGCACUGCCAUGGGGCGGGCAUCAUGCACCGGGACUUAAAGCCUGAGAACAUCCUUCUGGUGUCGAACCACAGUGACACGGACCUGAAGGUUAUUGACUGGGGCGUUGCAACCUUCUUCCAGAAAGGCAAGCCCUGCACUGACAUGGCAGGGAGCCCCUAUUACUUGGCCCCAGAAGUACUAGCUGAGAAGUAUGGCCCUGAGGCUGACAUCUGGAGCGCCGGGGUGGUGCUCUACAUCCUCCUAUCUGGACUCCCCCCCUUCUGGGGCACCACCAACGACGCCAUCUUUGAGGCGAUCAAGCAGGCCACGCUCAACCUGGUGCGCCAGCCAUGGCCGGUGAUUUCGGACGAGGCGAAGGACCUGGUGGUGCGCAUGCUGACGAGGAACCCCAAGAAGAGGAUUACGGCUGAUGAAAUCCUCGAUCAUCCUUGGAUUCGCGCCAACAACAGCUGAGCUGACCACGCCCACUCGAUGAAGGCACUAGCGAGCCUGUGGUUAUCAGCUGACUACGUUUAUCAGGUGACCAUGGUUAAAAUUGUUAUCGGGCCAGCGUACCAUAACAUGAGUCUGUGACUAUACAUUGGCUGCCGGAUUAUGAGGCCUGGAGAAAAGCGUCCUGGUGAGGGUCAGCAAAGGCUGAUUGCCCGAGCAACAGCCGUACAUGCAACCAGGGUCACAUGAAAGUGAAACCCCAUAUCCUUUCGGCUUGCGAUGCGAAGGGUAGAAGAUGCCAUGAGGAUUCAGAUAGAUAUCGUGAUCUCGUAUGCUUCCUGUUUCAGAAUUGAUGGUGGGUUUGGCAAAAUGAUGGAGACUUAUUGUGUACUGCAGCAUUAUGGGUUGCUGCUAGCUGAUGGCAGGAGGGGAGGUCUAUGUCAAAAAAAUGUUUUAUGAGUUGUGCUGUGCUGGUCAAUUUUAGUCUUGUGUUAUCAGCAUUUCAA